AAAACAAUACGUCAAAUCUUUCGCUCCAAUUAUUUUGGACAACAAUUAAUUGUUCGCUCCAAUGAAAAAACAAAAGGAAACCCUAUUCUCGGACAUACAAAGUUGCGGCUGCAUAGUCUCCGAUUUGCCUCUGCUCCGCUAUCUUCUUCUCAAUUCCCAGGUUUAAAAAUUGCUGCAGAAAUCAUUCAUGUCCUUCACUUUCUUGUCUUUAUCGGCAAUUUUUUUUUGCUUACCAGGUCCCUAACACCAACAACCGCCAUGGACGAGUACCACAAACUUCAAGGAUACCUAGUGUUGCCGAAAAUACUUCACUUUCUCACCGUCAUACAGCCUGAUGAUCGAUAAUUUAGCAGGUCAAAGAUUUUGAUAUGAUGAAGACUUACAGAAAUUAUUUGAAGACUAUUAUUUGUUAGGAUGUUAUGACCCUAACCCAGACCCAGUCGUGAUGGCGCCUCUCGUGAAGACAAGACCAACCAACCCUUCCCAUUUUCCAAUUAUUAAUAGUUAAGCAUUAAGAAAACAGUCUAAACAUGGAUAAAUAAACCAAAGUUUAAGCGGUUAAUAGCAUAAAUUGCGGAAAAUACCCAAUAUAGCCCGGAACCGGGGUGUCACUAAUCAUGAGCAUCUAUAAGUCAUAAUACAAGUUUGCUAAGCCUAUAAGCUAGUACAAAUGUCUGAAAAGAGAUAGAAAUGACAAAGGAGGAGAAAAAUGGGAUUGCGGACGCCAAACAACUACCUUGUGGACUCUGAUAUUUGCCGGGAGCUCUUAACUUGCACUAGCAGGAUCCGCAAUGCCUGAAUCUGCACACAGGGGUGCAUGGAGUAAAGUGAGUACUCAAACUCAGUGAGUAA